GCCCGCACUUUCGGACAUAAAGCGCGGCCGAUUUAAAGACCAUCCCUAAACCAUCCCUGGACAACCCUGUCCUUUUAGCUUCCUAGCUUCGACCGCUCAGUUUCCAGAAUAAAGCUGCCGGAUCUAAACUGGCAAGCAUCACAUAAUCGUCACGCCCUUAAAAAGCUCGGUUCACUUGCAAAGCUGCAUUAUUAAUCCCGGGUUGUGAGAGUCACAGUUUAUUAUCGAUCGAAUUCCUCAAAUAUCUAUUUUCCCUCUCCCUUUUCCAUCGUCUGAUAUACACCUAUCUUUAUUUUUACCACUUGGUCUCAUAUUCAAGUUUUGGUUCCACAAUUAGGCAUCUGGAACACCUUCACCCAGACGUCUCAGUUCACUCACACUUACACUUACACCCACUUAUAUAUAUAAUCGUGGACCUUGGUACCGCCCAAGUAUCUAAGUACCUACCGUGUUGGUUGGAUCUCCCAAAAUGGAAAGCGGGAUGCCAACGCCUCCCGUUGAGGAUAAUAUGAAGAUAUCAACGUCGUCGAGAAGGAAUACAGCUUCCAGUACUAAGUCUGUCAAGCCGAUACAUCGUGGUGGAAAGCGAGCGUCCAACCAUCAUCCUCACUCACCUGCCCACGAUCAUCCUCCGCCUCUCUCGCCACAUGCCAUCGACAACAGGCAUAAGCGAGUCUGGAAAGCAUGUGAGAGAUGUAGAAUGAAGAAGACGAAGUGUGACGGGGAAUUUCCGUGUAAGAGGUGUAAGGACGACGGCCUAGUGUGCACAGCAGGUACACGAAAGAAGACAGAAUAUAAGCAAUUACCAAGAGGAUACGCCGAGGUGUUGGAGAACACUCAAUUCGCUCUAAUUGCUACCGUACAUAAGCUAUAUGCUAUGGUCAGGAAUGGCCAAUCCUGGGACCUAGGGGAGCCGGAACUCAACGAUCGAGGUCAACCGGUCAUUCACAACAUCGCGACGAAACUCGGGUGCAUACGACCCAAUGCGGACGCCGACCUCCCACCACAUUCAGUCUUUCCUGAAGACGAAGCAGGAUUGGCGAAGCUGGCAGCUGAAUUGGACGUGCAGCAGAGGGAAAGAGAACGGGAAUCACAUUCAACAGAGCACAGAUCAGAGACGGAUUCAAGCUGCACGAGGACGGACCGCGCAAGCUCUUCAGAGCUCGACCACUCAGAUUUCGAGCAAGAUUACAGAAAGGUUCUAGGCAGUCAGAACUUGCAGACCAUGUCGCCGCAAAGCUUUGCGAGUUACGAUUUGGAUACGAAAGCCAUGCAAUCGGACCUCGACUCGAGAGGUUUAUUCGCCGUCCAAUCGCCUUCGGCCCCGGCGUCUUACCCGACUUGGAACAUGAGCAGGCCAAGCUCGAUGGACUUGUCGCCGCAAUAUAUGCAAGGUAUGGACAUGGAUAUGGCCGAGAUGAUGCUCAGCCAAGGCCUUGUCGAAUCCGAGUUUGGCACGAUCAAGCCUCACAUGAUACAAUGUCCGAAUCCAGAAGCGAUGCUGGGCAUCGGGGACCCGAUGAUCUAUUCCGGAUAUAAUAUGGAGUCAUUACGAUCAUGAUAAGACCCCGGGCAAAAACUCCGGAGGGGUAUCCUUGGGAUUCUUGGGUAUUUACGAAUUCAACUAAACAGCAUUGGGGAGCAAUGCGAGGUGGGCUGAGGCCUAGCAAUACUCUUUUUCAACACGCACUCACACUCACACCCACACACACUUAAUUGCAAGGCGUUUAACCGGGUUUGGCAGGAUUUGGAAACAUUGCGUACUCAGCUCUUCAC